AUGUCUCGCCGUUACGAUUCCCGAACAACCAUCUUCUCACCAGAGGGCCGUCUUUACCAGGUCGAAUAUGCUUUAGAGGCUAUUUCACAUGCAGGUACCGCCAUUGGUAUUCUGGCCAAGGAUGGCAUCGUCCUCGCCGCUGAGCGAAAGGUCACCUCAAAGCUGUUGGAGCAGGACACUUCCGCUGAGAAGCUCUACAUCUUGAACGAUAACAUGAUCUGCGCCGUCGCUGGAAUGACCGCCGAUGCCAACAUCCUUAUCAACUAUGCCCGACAAGCCGCUCAGCGAUACCUCCUCACUUACAACGAAGACAUCCCCUGCGAACAACUCGUACGCCGGCUUUGUGACCUGAAGCAAGGCUACACCCAGCACGGCGGUCUACGUCCAUUCGGUGUGUCCUUUAUCUACGCUGGUUGGGAUCCUCGAAGACAAUUCCAGCUCUACCUUAGCAACCCGUCCGGCAACUACGGUGGUUGGAAGGCCACAAGUGCAGGUGCCAACAAUGCAAGUGCACAGAGUCUUCUCAAGCAAGACUACAAGGAGGAUUGCACUUUGCAUGAGGCUUGUGGUAUGGCAGUCAAGGUUCUCAGCAAGACGAUGGACUCGACCAAGCUGAGCAGCGAGAAGAUUGAGUUUGCAACAGUAGGACAGACCGAGGACGGCAAGAUCUACCACCGCCUGUGGAGUGCUGACGAGAUCACGGCGUUGUUGAAGGAGCAUGAUCUGGCGAAGAACGAGGAGACAGAGGAAAAGUGA